AUGUAUCAACAUGAAGCUCCUCCUGUAGGCUUCACCCGUGACGACCCAAAUCUAGACUACAAAGCUUUCGUGGGUCAUCUUCACAGCACCAAUGGAUAUCCACAGGCUUAUUCUCCGGGGCUGUGUUCUUCUUCACACGAUAUCAACAAUCAGAAUAUUUUACAACACCAUAAGCUUGAGGAAAAUAGAUUUAAAAAACUUGCAGAAGCAGUAUUUAACACCAUGUUUUUGUGCAUUUAUCUUAUUGGAUUGCUGGCCAGUGUUGUUUUUGGCAUUUUAUCCUUUGUUCUAUUCAUUCAACUAGGAUACUCGCUCACUGCAAUGCUAGGCAAUCCGAAAUAUUCUCAAAUCCCAGCUACAUUUGCAAUAUCCUCUGCAGCAGCCUUGGUCAGCUACAUAUUUGGUGAUUAUUGUUGA